ACAUCUUCAACCAGAGUUGGCGCGAUUCGAAUCGCGUGAAAGAAUCGAGAAAGAAUCCGAUUCUCACGAUUCGAAUCGGAUUCGAAUCGCGGUUCCCCAAGUCAAAAGAAUCGGAAAAUGCAGGAAUCCGAUUCCCUUUUAUAGAGAAUCGCACCUCCUCGAUUCCCUGCGAUUCCUUGCAGAUGUUUUUCACCUGUUAAAACAGUAAAAUGUACUAUUUUUAAUGCCUUUUAAGUCAUGCAUUUGCAUUUUGUAAUUUGGGACUGAUGACAUUUUUUUAAAGGUCGGCUGUUGUAUGAAAAUAUCGCGAAUCAGUGAUUCUAUAGAGUGAAGGAAUCGUGCAACGUAAGAAUCGGAUCCUCUUUAAUGGAGAAUCGCGCCUUCUCGAUUCCCUGCGAUUCCCUGCUCACAGCAACAAACUAAAGAAUAGAACAUGCAAAAUGAGCAUACACCAAGUUGGGGAAAUUACUCAUUUCAUUUCAGAUUCAUUUGUGAAGUCCUGAAGUUGAAAAAAAAAUAGUAUUUGGGAAUUGGAAUCGGAGGGAAUCGAGAACCGCUAAAGAAUCGGAUUCAGAACCGGAUUCGCUUUGUGAAAGAAUCGAGACUGGAGAAUCGCGAUUCUCCCAAGUAUGAGAAUCGUAAUUCAGGAAUCCGAUUCUGACGAACCGAGGAAUCGCGCCAACUCUGUCUUCAACAGUGUCCAUCGACAACAGGAUAUCCAUCCCCUUAAUAAAAACAACGAACAUUUAGGAGAGUUCAAUCAUUUGUAUCCUGGCCUCCGAAAACACCCCGCAAAAUUUUUCGAGUAUAUGAGAAUGUCCGUGGAAACUUUUGACAUAAUUUUGAAUAAAAUAAAACAUUUUAUUACAAAGGAAACCACAACUUUCAAACGACCAUUACCUCCUGCUGAAAGGCUGAUGAUAACAUUGAGGUAUCUUGCUACAGGACUAUCCUUUCGGCAACUUGCUUUCUCAUUCAGGCGCGGGAAGAGUACCAUUGCUGAAGUGAUAUAUGAAACUUGUGCAGUCAUUUGGGAUGUUUUUGUUCAUGAAUAUAUGCCAGUUCCAACAGAGGAGCACCUCAAACAAGUAGCUACAGACUAUUACCACCGGUGGAAAUUCCCACAUUGCAUAGGCAGCAUUGAUGGACGUCACUGCCAAAUACGUAACCCUAAACAUGCUGGAUCAACCCAUCUGAACUACAUGAAAUAUUUUUCUAUAGUACUUCAAGGAGUGGCAGAUGCGAAUAAAAAAUUUAUCACCAUAGAUGUUGGUGGCAGGGGAAAGCAGCAUGAUGCUGCUACCUUUCGCUAUUCUUCUUUAUUUCAAUUACUAGAAGAAGGUCAAUUCAAUGUACCUCAAGACACCAACUUGCCUAAUUCGAAUAUAAUGGCACCUUUUGUGCUGAUAGGUGAUGAAGCUUAUCCCUUAAAAACUUACUUGAUGCGACCCUACCCUCAACGAGGAUUGACUCCAGAAAAUGAAAUCUUUAAUAAGAAAUUAUCAAUAGCGCGAAAAUGCAUCGAAUGUGCUUUUGGUAUUUUAAGGGCGAAAUGGCGAUUUCUCUCCAAAGAAAUAGAAACCUCGCCAAAGCAUGCUCGCAUAUUAAUCCGAACUGCUUGCUUACUUCACAAUAUUGUGAGAGAACAUGAUGGUGAUAGUGAUGCAGAUUAUUUAAAUACAUUAAAUCGAAUUUAUAAUGGUAAUGGUAAUGACAUCCAAAAUGCAGGUCAAGGUGAAAAUUUUGGACCUCUGCAAAGGCACAGAAAUAACAAUGCUGUAGGUACUCUUCCUAAACUAAUUCGUGAACAUUUUACUCAGUAUUUUCAAACUGUGCAAUAAUAAUAAAAUAUUAUGUACGUAAUGUUAUUCAUAAUUGCACUAGUAUUAUUCGUUUUCGUGUUAUGU